AACCAAUUUUAUUCCCAUGAGAUUUGUUGGUUGAUUCGCCACAUCAGUUCUACUGCCCAGGGAACUUGGAAAGGAUAGUGUUUAAGAAGGUGGCGUAAUCGGAUCGGGCUACUAAUAUAUUUCGCUGCACCAAUUUGUUCGGUGUAUAUGCAAUAUACGGUUAAUUGCAUUGUAGAAAAUGUUAAUUUGUGUCUAAAACAAAUAUGAAGGUUAUAAAAUCUGGAUUAACAUUUUGCACUUUAGUCCUCGUAUGGUGUAUUAAUUUGUGUAAUGCCUUGGACGUAUCUUCUUUAAAAAGUUAUUCGGUAACAACACUUAUUAAUGCAAAAUGGGGACAGGUUCCACUCUACUUAGAAAUAUCUGAAUAUUUAGCAGAUGAUAAUGGUGGUUUGUUUUGGGAUUUUAUUAAAGGAAUUACAGACUUAGAUACACCUCUAAAUGAAUACGGUACUGAUUCGAAGCAAUAUCUUUCGGCUCUUAAUGUUGUGCGAUCAUUUUUAGGCUCGUUGCAGAUGCCUUUACUAAAAUUAAUUCUAUCAUUACAUAGCCUUACUCCGAGAAUAAAUGUACACUUACAGAUUAGUUCAGAGGCUCAACAAAAAGGAAAGUGUAAUACCAUUGCUUUUGCGCAAAUUGGAACAGAAUAUGCGUGCAAUGUCAUUGAACUUCAGCAAAAGUUGCAUCUUCAAAGAAAAUCCUUAGAUACGAAAAUAGAAACGUACAGUUUUGAUCAUUCAUUUCCGGGUUCAGAAAAUAACACUCGCACUGUUGUUCUUUAUGGUGAUAUUGGAUCGCACGAAUUUGCAAAAUUUCAUAAAGUUCUCUCUCAAGAGGCAUUUUCCGGUAAAUGUCAUUAUAUUGUAAGGCACCAUAUGACUAAUUUACCGAAUCGACGAAUUCGUUUAUCCGGUUAUGGUGUAGAAUUACAUUUAAAAUCAACAGAAUAUAAGAGCCAAGACGAUGCACCAAAAAAUAAUGAAGAUGAUAUAGCUAAAUCCGAUGACAACGCCAUAGAUGUAGAAAUUCAAGGUUUUGAUUUUAAAAUUCUAAAAGCACGUUUUCCUUCAUUGACACAUUCAUUGAAUCAAUUUCGGUAUAGUUUAUUAGAGGAUACGCAAGAAAUAGCUCAACUUAAGGCUUGGGAGUUUCAAGAUUUAGGUUUGCAAGCAACCGCUGCUAUAGCAGAAAUCGAAGGAGAGGAAGCAUUACAAAUUUUACAAUUCACUGCAAAUAAUUUUCCUAUGCAAGCGCGUUCGUUAUUAAAUUAUAAAGUUUCAGAAAGUUUGCGUGAAGAAAUAAAAUGGAACACCGAAAUAUUCGGUCGCAGUUUGAAUAUAGUACCUCCAGAUGGAGCAAUAUUUGUUAAUGGUCUAUAUUAUGAUGCAGAUACUAUGGAUUUAGGUGCCUUUGUUGAAACCCUUCGUACUGAAAUUCAGGUUCUGGAAAGUCUUCAUCAGAAUAAUAUCCACGGAAGAAUUGCAUCUGCAUUAUUAGCACUUGACUUUUCUAAUAAUGGUAAACAUAAUUUUGCUAUAGAUAUUCGUGAUACAGCAAUUAUGUGGAUAAAUGAUAUAGAAAAUGAUCCACACUAUCGACGAUGGCCUGCAAGUGUAAUGGAUCUUAUGCGUCCAACUUUUCCAGGAAUGUUACGUAAUAUACGUAAAAAUGUGUUUCAUUUAGUUCUUGUGGUCGACCCGCUAUCGCCACAUGGGCGAAGUCUUAUUAAAUUGGUCGAAAGUUUUGUAAUCCAUUCAGCUCCAGUAAGAUUGGGAUUAGUCUUUGAUACUCGUCAGUCCAGUAAUGACAAUUCAGAAGAUUACAUUGCUGUUAUAUGCUCCUUUAACUAUAUUUCUCAGAAAAAAGAUUAUCGAGCGUCACUUAGUUUCUUAACAGAUAUUUAUUCUCGUGUUAAAAGCAACGAAAAAGUAACUUUGAAACACAUUCGUAGUCAAUUAAAAAAAUCGUUUCCUAGUCUAUCGAACAACAAAAUUGAUGAUAUCAUUAGCGAGGACUCUGAUUACGAUUACGGACGUAAAUUAUCGACUGAAUUUGUAGAAAGAUUAGGUUUUGAAGAUAGUCCACAGGCGUUGCUUAAUGGUGUACCAAUGCAAGAAAGUUUACUAUCUUCUGACAAUGAUUUUGAAGAGGCAAUAUUUACGGAAAUUAUGCAACAAACAUCCGUUUUACAAAAAGCAGUAUACCGCGGUGAUCUUACCGAUUCGGAGCCAAUAAUAGAUUAUUUAAUGAAUCAAGCGAAUGUUAUGCCCCGUCUUAAUCAACGUAUUCUUAACACUGAAAGUGAAAAAUUUGUGGAUCUCACUGGUAAUGCAUACCAUAAUUUAAACAACGUUCGUGAAUUGGCACAAUUAUCAAAUCGAGAUAUGACAGCGACUCUUUUAAAUAAUUUAAAAUAUUUUACCAGUAAACAUGCCACCGAAAACAUAGGAGCCAGUGAAUUACAAUUUUUAACUGUUUGGGUGUUUGGUGAUUUGGAACAGAAGCUGGGAAGAAAUCUGUUAAUAAAUGCAUUGGAAUAUCUAAAAACCGCAAAUAGUAUGCGUGUUGCCUUCAUUCCAAAUAUUGAAGAUCAAACUUUCAAGCCAAAUAACUUAAAUUACUUAGUUUGGGCUGCUAUGCAUUCGCUUCCUUAUAAUGAGGCUACGGAUACUGUAUUAUCGUGGCUCAAACUCAAAAAUGAUAUUCAAGAUAUCCCAGCCAGUACAGUUGAAUAUUUGUCAUCCACGGAGCUUCACAUAAAAAUGCUAAGAGUUUAUUCACAACGUGUUUUAGGACUUCGAAAGAAUGAGCAACUUAUCAUAGCAAAUGGCAAAAAAAUAGGACCUUUUCAACAGAAUGAUAAAUUUAGUGUAGAUGAUUAUGGCUUAAUUGAUCGUUUUAAUGCCUUACAGUAUGGAGAUAAAAUCCGAAAGGUGCUUGUAGAGAGUAAUUUAAAUGAUACCGAUGAUAAAAUAACAAGCGAUAUGUUAUUGAAACUUUAUUGUAGUUUAGUACCGCGACAAUCCAAAACUCGUUUUCAUAUACCAUAUGACGCGAAAGAAGAGUAUUCCGUUCUAAAAUUGAACCCCAAAAUCAAAGAUUUACCAUACUUUGAUGUUAAUGCAGUUGUGGAUCCCGCAUCUCGCAGUGCCCAGAAACUUGCACCAAUACUCAUAUUAUUACGGAAUACUUUUAACUGUCAAAUGAGAGUAUUUUUAACACCCGUAAGUCAACAUAGCGAUAUGCCUAUAAAAAACUUUUAUCGAUAUGUGAUCGAACAAGAACCUCAGUUUGAACCACAUGGUAGGAUAUCUGAUGGACCUAUUGCUAAGUUUACAGGAUUACCUGUUAACUCAUUAUUAACGCAAAAUUUGCAAGUACCUGAAAAUUGGCUUGUGGAAUCUGUGCGUUCUGUCUAUGAUUUGGACAACAUAAAACUAAAUGAAAUUGGUGGUCCUGUUCAUAGUGAAUUUGAGUUGGAAUAUCUUUUGUUAGAAGGCCACUGCUUUGAUGCUAUCAGUGGUGCGCCACCACGAGGACUACAAAUUGUUCUUGGUACAAAAAAUAGUCCAGGCGUGGUUGACACCAUCGUCAUGGCAAAUCUGGGUUAUUUUCAAUUAAAAGCUAAUCCAGGCAUUUGGGAACUUCGGCUACGAGACGGUAAAUCUGCUGACAUAUAUGAUAUUACACAUGCAGAAGGACUAAAUACAUUGUAUAGCAACCAAUCUAUUAAAAUUGUUAUAAGUUCGUUACGUUCCCACGUAAUUAAAAUUCGUGUUGCUAAAAAAACAGGUAAGCAAAGUAUGGAUUUGCUUGGUGAUGAGGAUGAUCAAUAUCAAACAGGAAUAUGGAAUUCUAUAGCAAAUUCAUUCGGAGGUUCAGUUACCAAUGUACCUGAAGAUGAAACAAUCAAUAUCUUCUCGGUUGCUUCAGGACAUUUAUAUGAACGACUUCUGCGUAUUAUGAUGAUUUCUCUACUAAAACACACGAAAUCACCCGUUAAAUUUUGGUUUUUAAAAAAUUACCUAUCCCCUCAAUUUACUGAUUUUUUACCACACAUGGCGAAAGAAUAUGGAUUCCAUUACGAAUUGGUUCAAUAUAAAUGGCCUCGUUGGUUACAUCAGCAGACCGAGAAGCAGAGAACUAUAUGGGGUUAUAAGAUUUUAUUCUUAGACGUAUUAUUUCCACUUAAUGUACGCAAAAUUAUAUUUGUUGAUGCCGACGCAAUUGUACGAGCAGAUAUAAAAGAAUUAUUUGACAUGGAUUUAGGUGGAGCACCAUAUGCAUACACACCAUUUUGUGAUUCUCGUAAAGAAAUGGAAGGUUUCAGAUUCUGGAAACAAGGUUAUUGGCGAAGUCAUCUAAUGGGAAGGAAAUACCAUAUUUCAGCACUUUAUGUUGUUGAUCUGAAACGCUUUCGGAGGAUAGCUGCUGGUGAUCGACUACGUGGACAGUACCAAGCCUUGAGUCAAGAUCCCAAUAGUUUGUCAAAUCUGGAUCAAGAUUUGCCAAAUAAUAUGAUCCAUCAAGUUGCUAUCAAAUCACUUUCAAAUGACUGGCUUUGGUGUCAAACCUGGUGCAGUGAUAGCUCCUUAAAAAAUGCAAAAGUAAUCGAUCUUUGCAAUAAUCCACAAACAAAAGAAGCUAAACUUACUGCUGCCCAACGCAUAGUUCCUGAGUGGAAGACGUACGAUACUGAAAUUAAAAAGCUUAUGGCUCAAGUAGAAGAUCACGAGAAUAUAGCUGAACAUGAAAAUUAUAUGCAAGGUGAAAAAUCUCGCAUUUCAACUUCAGGUGAUGGUAGUGAAUCAGGUUCCAUUAAACAUUCUGAAUUGUGAUGAUUAAAAAAUAUCCAAAAAUC